AUGGACGUAUUUCCACGUUGGACUGAUCGUGAAAACAAAUGGUCGAUCCAAGCUUUCUAUUGCCUCGAGAGCAACGCUAUAUUUCUUGUUUUAAAUGGCUACAACGAUUUUGCACAUCUUCGACAAGUGUUUUCGUCUAAUCAUGACAAGAAUUUCUUCGAUAGAAUAGCUGAAAGUGAAGAGCAGGAAGUUCGAUUGCUUCACUUUUUGUGUAUACUUUCUCAUCUACUAGUUUUCGUGGAAAGUAGUACCCGUUUUGAUAUUUCUCUUUCUGACAUGCUAUCCAACGUCAACAAGAUCAGAAAGAAUGUGCGAGAGUCAGUCAGUGAAAAACUUGAAGAAACAUCUGGUGAAGCGACGGAAUGGAUUCGGGAAGGACGAAUUGCCCUCCCACGCAUAUUGUUUGCAUUCCAGCGGAACAUCAUACGCAGUGAACUUGGUUACGUUAAAAAACGUGAAAUAUGCGACAAAUUGGAGCACAAUUUAGAAUCGCAAAUAUAUUCAGUGCUGAAAUGCUAUAAAUUGGUAGAUCAUUCAACCGGAGAUUCCCUAGGAUACGUGCCUGAGAACGACGCAUACGUUAAUGUGAUGCAACCGGUGCUGGUAAAUGUCAACCCUUUAGCCGAUAUCCUUCAAAUUGCUCUGGGAAAGGAAAUCAACGAGGACGGAGACGACAGAUCAGACAAAACACCGUCUUUCACAAGAUUCUUGCGCUCACAUAUCGAUUCUCUGAAAUCAACUAAAUCGAAAAUCUAUGAGAUGCCUAAACUAGAGCUUUGGAUCAAAUAUGCCCGCGCCUUACUGGACCUCAUUAAACCAGACUCAGAAAUGGUAACAAGAAAGUUGUUGAAUCAGUACGUCAAUAGGCAGUUGCAGUUCAUGAGAAUGCUCAACGCUAAACACGUAAAGGAAGCGAUUGCUCGGUAUACUGGAGCGUCGUCCGGAUUCGGCAAGGGUAAAGCCGCAGCAGAACGCGCUCGGAGCCAGGUUGCAAUGGCCAUAACGUACCUUGACGCUGUUCUGGUCGGGGAUCGAGAUGAGGCCGUUGCUCAGAUUCGAGCCGCAUGUGACAACCUUUGGCAAGGUGGAAUGCGUGGUUGUGAACAAGUCCAUCCGGCCAUAGGAGAUGCCUCUGUAGAUUCGUCUGCGUGGGAAAUGCAUUCGAAUGAUAUCACAUAUCUGUCAACGUGCUCCUGUGGUCGUCGACAAGCUGUACGCAGAGAUCCGUUUACCCUGAAAGAGGCGAACUAUGACUUCUACUUUGAGAAUAAGGUGUUCUCUUGCUGUGCAGGUUUGGAGAAACAUGUAUUUGCUGUGCUGGAGGAUGAUGACAGCGAUGCAGAGAAGGGAUUGUGGCAGGGUAAUGAACAUUGGGACGAAGGUGAAGCUGGUGGUUCGAAUCCAUUAUUUCCUGUGUCGGCAGCCAUGUCGAGGGAUCGACAGAAUUCUGCCGAUGAUAACCAACGUAUAGGAGCGGAUGAAGAAGAGGGAACUGGAAGCGAUACUGGCGAAGAUUCGGUGAGCAACGCCGAGCCUGAUCUGAUCGAAAGCUCCUCUCAGUCCUCACAAGACGACGAUGUUCACUAUCGCAAUGCGCGCUCCUACUUAGACGAUGAAUCAGUUUCAUUCGUGAAAAAUCCUCACACGAAAUUGGAUGAAGCUGCUAUUGCUUUUGAAGCUCGAGUGAAGAAAUUAAGGGCGAAACAGAUCCCGUUUCUGGAGGGCGUGCCACAUUCUUUGUCACCGGCGUUGCCUCCUCUUUUCCCAUCAUGGACACUUACAUGUAUCGGUCCAAACAAUUACUACACGCAUUCAUAUGGUCUCCGUGAUCAACCGAAUCUGAAGUUGGGUGGUGAAUACCUUUAUCCGGUCACUGUACAGCUGGAGGUUGAUCCUGUGGCAUGGGAUCGAGAUAUGCAAUAUGUUCAAGCUGUAGAAGGAGUCUCAUCUCGUGCUCCUUCUCGGAAAGCGCGCCGUCUUCCAGCAGAAGUUGAGAAGGUGAAACUUUUUCUUGGAAUGGAAUAUGAGUGUCCUCGUGGUCAUCGCUUCUUUGUGGCUGAAAAUGGAGAGCCUCUACGAUUGCCCAAGAAUUCGAACGCUCGAUCAGCCAUGAGCCGCGAAUCGGAUGACCAGUUUUUACGGUGCGAUUUUCCUCUACGCCGGCAAUGCACCUGCAGAAAACUGCCUGUGCAAACAGCUCAACUGAUGAGAGUUCAUGUAGUUACACCGAAAGCGCCAAUUACAGUAACCAUUCAGCCAGAAGUAGAGCUACCUGGCCAAGAGGGUCAUUUUGGCACAGGGGAGGCCCCACUGCAACUGUCAUGGGCUAGAUAUUAUAUCUUACAACUACCGUUCAUAUAUUCUGGACCAGCAGGAGUCUGGAUACCGCCAGUAGGAGUGGAACGAGUGGGGGCAUUCAAAGGAAAUGCAAUUCAAGUGAAAUAUGUGCCUAUGUUGUCAAGGAGGUGA